AUGAGGGUUUUCUCCUCUCUCACUCGUCUGGAGUCUCACGUGUACAGAUUGCAUGGUAGUCAUCAUGGACGGUCUCUGGUAUUCCGGGACAGCAGAGACCCCGUGAUGCCAUGCAGGGUAAAGGAACGAACAUUUGAGUGCAAGGAAUGUGGGAAGGUAUUCAAACGCUCAUCCACUCUGUCCACUCACCUCCUGAUCCACUCGGACACGCGGCCAUAUCCCUGCCAAUACUGUGGCAAGAGAUUCCACCAGAAAUCCGACAUGAAGAAACACACCUUCAUACACACCGGAGAAAAGCCGCAUGUGUGUAAAGUGUGUGGUAAAGCCUUCAGUCAGAGCUCCAACCUGAUCACACACAGCAGAAAACACUACAGACCCUUCAGCUGAACACACUGAAUCCCAAUCAAGACCUCUGUGAAUGUACAUAAGUUAGCUUUAAACACAAAAAGUAUUAUAAAUUAUCAAGUGCAUAGUUUUUAAACCAAGUCAUUUAU